UUUAUCAAAUAUCAACAACCCAUCUACGUAUAAUAAACUAGACUCUAUAGUGAUAUUAGAAUUAGAUCAGUAUCGUAAACGUGUGCACCGCCGGAAACAAUGGAGACGCCGCUUCUCAACGGUGAAGUGAAGGAAGACUAUGCGCCGGUGAGAAGCUGGAAGGAAACAAAGUCAAUGUUCUGGACUGAGACUGUGAAGAUGUGGAAGAUUGCAGCUCCCAUAGCUUUUAAUAUUUUGUGUCAAUACGGGACGAACUCGAUUACUAGUAUAUUUGUUGGGCAUCUUGGGGAUAUUCAACUCUCUUCUGUAACCAUAUCGCUCUCUGUCAUUGGAACUUUCUCUUUUGGCUUCAUGCUUGGCAUGGGGAGUGCUCUGGAGACGCUGUGUGGUCAAGCUUUUGGUGCUGGGCAAGUUCACAUGCUUGGUGUUUAUAUGCAGCGCUCUUGGAUAGUCUUAUGGGUGAGCUGUAUCAUUCUCUUGCCCGUCUACAUAUUCGCCACUCCAAUCCUAAAACUUCUUGGGCAAGAAGAUGAAAUAGCUGAUCUAGCAGGACAAUUCACUCUCUUAGUUAUUCCUCAAUUGUUUUCACUUGCCAUCAAUUUUCCUACUCAAAAGUUCCUUCAGGCUCAAAGCAGGGUUAGCGUCAUUGCUUGGAUUGGGUUUGUAGCUCUGACAAUUCACAUUGUACUGCUUUAUCUUUUCGUUUAUGUAUUCGAUUGGGGCACAACUGGUGCGGCUAUAGCAUUUGAUAUCACAGCUUGGGAAAUAACCAUUGCACAAGUUAUAUAUGUGAUGGGUUGGUGCAAAGAGGGGUGGCAUGGCUUCUCUUGGUCAGCAUUUAAUGACAUUUGGGCGUUUGUUCGGCUUUCAAUUGCCUCAGCUGUGAUGAGUUGCCUAGAGAUUUGGUAUAUGAUGAGCAUUAUCAUUCUCACUGGCCACCUUGAUAAUGCUGUAAUUGCAGUCGGUUCCCUUUCUAUAUGCAUGAACUUGAACGGGUGGGAAGCUAUGUUAUUCAUUGGAAUAAAUGCUGCAAUAAGCGUCCGCGUCUCUAAUGAGCUUGGAUUGGGACGUCCUAGAGCAGCCAAAUACUCAGUCUAUGUGACAGUAUUUCAAUCUCUUCUCAUAGGAUUUUUUUUCAUGGUAGUUAUAUUGAUAACUAAGGACUAUUUUGCUGUCUUUUUCACAAGCAGCAAGGAUCUGCAAAUUGCCGUGGCUAAACUAGCAUUCCUCCUUGGUAUCACCAUGGUCCUUAACAGUGUCCAACCAGUAAUAUCAGGUGUUGCUAUUGGUGGUGGAUGGCAAGCAUUGGUGGCUUACAUCAAUUUAGGUUCGUACUACGUAUUUGGACUCCCUCUCGGUUACCUCCUUGGUUAUGAAGCAAAAUUGGGCGUGAAGGGACUUUGGUCGGGCAUGAUAUGUGGAACUGCAUUGCAAACAUUGCUGCUCCUGAUUGUACUUUACAGAACCAACUGGAGCAAGGAGGUCGAACAGACAACAGCGCGCAUGCGGAAGUGGGGCGGUCAAGCCAUUGAUUCAGGGAAUAAUGAAGAUAGCAUCUGAAACACUGCAUGUCUCUAUCCUUAUAGAGUAUGGCUUCUGUUUACCUUCCCAUAAAAGUGUUUGUAUCAGAAAGAAUGCAAAAUUUUUGUAGUAAGAUGAUGCAGUAUUUUAUUUAAUUGACCCAGUAUCUCAAGCUGAA